AUGCAAGUCCAAGCGGCUUCCUCCAGCCAGCGCCGUGAACAUGGCGUCCUCGCCCCAGAGCUCCUCCAGCUCAUCGUCCAGUACAUCGCAGAGCCGACGCGAGUCUUCCGCCUCCUGCGGGCGCUGCCGCGCCGGGUCCUGGGGCCCGCGCUCUCGAGCCUCCUUGCCCUGCGGUACACGUACAGUGCAUGCGAACUUUGGCCGGUUCUCCAUGUUCGCUUCGUAACCCCCGGGGCGAUCAUCCCCCUGCUCCGCGACGCGGUCCCGAUCUUCCAGGCGAUCCAGAUCACGUCACCCGACUUCCUCCCGACGAUCGAGCGCAUCGUGCUGUCAUCGACCAAGAUCCACAUCGCGCUCUUGCUGCCGUACGAGGAUUGCUUCCAAGCGGGACUUGCACUCUGCGAGCGCAUUGCGUCACUGGAGCUCAUGCUCUUUCCGACUGCUUUUCCGAUGGCGCGCAUCUGCACCUUCCUCGCGUACCUCCCCGACACGAUGGAGCGCUUGACACUGCGCUGGAGCCCGCUCAUGGACGUCCACGAACUCGACAUGAUCCUGGAUGCGAUCGUGCACAUCAACUGCCGUUGCCUCCGAAUCGUAAGCGCGUACGACCCCACGAAUGCAUGCCCGACCUCGGUCGUGCUCAAGCUGGCCACAUACAUCGAGACCCACCCGAUAGAGCGCCUGUACCUCGAAGGCUUCCAGCUCUUGGACGACGCGAGUCGCGUCCUCUGCCGCGCGUUGCACCACUGUCCAACGUUGCAGAAGGUCCAUUUCCGCGGCCUCUCGGACGUCUUUAUGACACUGUUUGUGACGCAGCCGUUCGCGGGCCACCGCCUCCCCGCAUCGCUCCGCUGCAUCAAGCUCUUUCCGCUCCAGCUCAACGCCGCAACCAUGGAGAUUUUCCAGCAGACGCUUGCCACGUCGCAGCUCACAGCCGUCAAUCUGCAGUUUGUACGCCUGUCCCAAGACGGCUGGCAGCUCUUGUGGGCCGCGCUGGCACAGCUUCGGACGCUACUGCGUCUUCAUCUCGAUGGCAUCCAGUUUCAAAGCCUUCUCGAGUGGAACAGCAUGGUGGUUGGCCUGCACAACUUGCCGCGACUCCAGCACCUGCGCCUCGACGUUGGUCUCACGCUCGACGGUGGUGCCGUGAGCCUUGCCAACCCCGUCGAGGCCCCGCUUUUCUAUGCGCUCGCAACAACGCAAUGCAACUUGACGUACUUGGCGCUCUGCUACGUCAGCGACCUCGAGCUUCUCGCAGCGGCGCUGACGCAUAUGCCCCAGCUCGAAGAGCUCGUGGUCGACUUUGUGAGCAACACGGCGCAGGUCGCUACACUGCUGCGCCUUGUGCAGGCGUCGCCGACGCUCUUGCGGGUCGCCUUUCACGAACACGCGUUCUCAAUGCUGGACCUCGUGUCGCUCUUCCAGCAGCUCGUCGCUGCUAACGUUCGCUGGGUCUAUUUGGAUCUCUUUGCCUCCGAGACCGACGUCGACCCGAGCCGCGAGUACCGCGACGUGCUUGCUAUCGCCGAGCGCCUCUGCCAAGACGUGCCGCAGUAG